AUGACCGUGAUGGAGGAGGCUGCCACUCGGCUGGAGAGGGAGCAUGUGCACAGCGUCUACGAGAAGAUUGCUCCCUAUUUUAACGACAGCCGCUACAAGGCCUGGCCCAAGGUGCGCCAGUUCCUACUGGAGCAUGAGCCUGGCAGUAUCAUCGCUGACGUGGGUAUGUACUGUGUCUGUUCUACUGCUGCUGGACAUGCAUUAAGUGGGUAUGUGCUGUGUCUGUUCUACUGCUGAUGGACAUGCAUUAAGUGGGUAUGUACUGUGUCUGUUCUACUGCUGCUGGACAUGCAUUAAGUGGGUAUGUACUGUGUCUGUUCUACUGCUGCUGGACAUGCAUUAAGUGGGUAUGUACUGUGUCUGUUCUACUGCUGCUGGACAUGCAUUAAGUGGGUAUGUACUGUGUCUGUUCUACUACUGAUGGACAUACAUUUACAUUUACAUUUUAGUCAUUUAGCAGACGCUCUUAACCAGAGCGACUUACAGGAGCAAUUAGGGUUAAGUGCCUUGCUCAAGGGCACAUUUACGUCAUUUAGCAGACGCUCUUAUCCAGAACGACUCACCAAUUGGUGCGUUCACCCUAUAGCCAGUGGGAUAACCACUUUACAAUUUUUGGGGGGGGGGGGGGGGGGGGGGGUAGAAGGAUUACUUUAUCCUAUCCCAGGUAAUCCUUAAAGAGGUGGGGUUUCAAAUGUCUCCGGAAGGUGGUGAGUGACUCCGCUGUCCUGGCGUCGUGAGGGAGCUUGUUCCACCAUUGGGGUGCCAGAGCAGCGAACAGUUUUGACUGGGCUGAGCGGGAGCUGUGCUUCCGCAGAGGAAGGGGAGCCAGCAGGCCAGAGGUGGAUGAGCGCAAUGCCCUCGUUUGGGUGUAGGGACUGAUCAGAGCCCGAAGGUACAGAGGUGCCGUUCCCCUCACUGCUCCAUAGGCAAGCACCAUGGUCUUGUAGCGGAUGCGAGCUUCAACUGGAAGCCAGUGGAGUGUGCGGAGGAGGGGGGGUGACGUGAGAGAACUUGGGAAGGUUGAACACCAGACGGGCUGCGGCAUUCUGGAUGAGUUGUAGGGGUUUAAUGGCACAGGCAGGGAGGCCAGCCAACAGCGAGUUGCAGUAGUCCAGACGGGAGAUGACAAGUGCCUGGAUUAGGACCUGUGCCGCUUCCUGUGUAAGGCAGGGUCGUACUCUCCGAAUGUUGUAGAGCAUGAACCUGCAGGAGCGGGUCACCGCCUUGAUGUUGGCGGAGAACGACAGGGUGUUGUCCAGGGUCACGCCUAGGCUCUUCGCACUCUGGGAGGAGGACACAGCGGAGUUGUCAACCGUGAUGGCGAGAUCAUGGAACGGGCAGUCCUUCCCCGGGAGGAAGAGCAGCUCCGUCUUGCCAGGGUUCAGCUUGAGGUGGUGAUCCGUCAUCCAUACUGAUAUGUCUGCCAGACAUGCAGAGAUGCGAUUCGCCACCUGGUUAUCAGAAGGGGGAAAGGAGAAGAUUAGUUGUGUAUCGUCAGCGUAGCAAUGAUAGGAGAGGCCAUGUGAGGAUAUGACAGAGCCAAGUGACUUGGUGUAUAGGGAGAAAAGGAGAGGGCCUAGAACUGAGCCCUGGGGGACACCAGUGGUGAGAGCACGUGGUGCGGAGACAGCUUCUCGCCACGCCACUUGGUAGGAGCGACCGGUCAGGUAGGACGCAAUCCAGGAGUGAGCCGCGCCGGAGAUGCCCAGCUCGGAGAGGGGGGAGAUUCAGCAGGAAAGAAAAUGUGGCAAAGAGCUUCCUAGGGUUAGAGGCAGAUGCUUGGAAUUUAGAGUGGUAGAAAGUGGCCUUAGCAGCAGAAACAGAUGAAGAAAAUGUAGAGAGGAGGGAGUGAAAAGAUGCCAGGUCGGCAGGGAGUUGAGUUUUCUUCCAUUUCCGCUCCGCUGCCCGGAGCUCUGUUCUGUGAGCUCGCAAUGAGUCAUCAAGCCACGGAGCUGGAGGGGAGGACCGAGCCGGCCGGGAGGAUAGGGGACACAGAGAGUCAAAGGAUGCAGAAAGGGAGGAGAGGAGGGUUGAGGAGGCAGAAUCAGGAGAUUGGAGGGAGAAGGAUUGAGCAGAGGGAAGAGAUGAUAGGAUGGAAGAGGAGAGAGUAGUGGGAGAGAGAGAGCGAAGGUUGCGGCGGCGCAUUACCAUCUGUGUAGGGGCAGAGUGAGUAGUGUGGGAGGAGAGCGAGAGAGAAAAGGAAACAAAGUAGUGGUCAGAGACAUGGAGGGGAGUUGCAGUGAGAUUAGUAGAAGAGCAGCAUCUAGUAAAGAUGAGGUCAAGCGUAUUGCCUGCCUUGUGAGUAGGGGGGGACGGUGAGAGGGUGAGGUCAAAAGAGGAGAGGAGUGGAAAGAAGGAGGCAGAGAGAAAUGAGUCAAAUGUGGACACAGGGAGGUUGAAAUCCCCCAAAACUGUGAGGGGUGAGCCAUCCUCAGGAAAGGAACUUAUCAAGGCGUCAAGCUCAUUGAUGAACUCUCCAAGGGAACCUGGGGGGCGAUAGAUGACAAGGAUAUUAAGCUUAAAUGGGCUAGUGACUGUGACAGCAUGGAAUUCAAAUGAGGAGAUAGACAGAUGGGUUAGGGGAAAAAUUGAGAAUGUCCACUUGGGAGAGAUGAGGAUUCCUGUGCCACCACCCCUCUGACCAGAUGCUCUCGGGGUAUGCGAGAACACAUGGUCAGACGAGGAGAGAGCAGUAGGAGUAGCAGUGUUUUCAGUGGUAAUCCAUGUUUCCGUCAGCGCCAGGAAGUCGAGGGACUGGAGGGUAGCAUAGGCUGGGAUGAAGUCAGCCUUGUUGGCGGCAGAACGGCAGUUCCAGAGGCUGCCUGAGACCUGGAACUCCAGGUGUGUGGUGCGUGCAGGGACCACCAGGUUAGAGAGGCAGCAGCCACGCGGUGUGAGGCGUUUGUGUAGCCUGUGCGGAGAGGAGAGAACAGGGAUAGGCAGAGGUAUAGUUGACAGGCUGCAGCAGAUGGCUACAAUAAUGCAGAGGAGAUCGGGAUGAAAUGAACUGAACAUCAGGGAAAGGAGAGAGCAGGCCUCCCUCACCAAAAAAAACAAAAUAUAGACAUGCGUUAAGUGGGUAUGUACUGUGUCUGUUCUACUGCUGCUGGACAUGCAUUAAGUGGGUAUGUACUGUGUCUGUUCUACUGCUGCUGGACAUGCAUUAAGUGGGUAUGUACUGUGUAUGUUCUACUGCUGCUGGACAUGCAUUAAGUGGGUAUGUACUGUGUCUGUUCUACUGCUGCUGGACAUGCAUUAAGUGGGUAUGUACUGUGUCUGUUCUACUACUGAUGGACAUGCGUUAAGUGGGUAUGUACUGUGUCUGUUCUACUGCUGCUGGACAUGCAUUAAGUGGGUAUGUACUGUGUCUGUUCUACUGCUGCUGGACAUGCAUUAAGUGGGUAUGUACUGUGUAUGUUCUACUGCUGCUGGACAUGCAUUAAGUGGGUAUGUACUGUGUCUGUUCUACUACUGAUGGACAUGCAUUAAGUGGGUAUGUGCUGUGUCUGUUCUACUGCUGAUGGACAUGCAUUAAGUGGGUAUGUACUGUGUCUGUUCUACUGCUGAUGGACAUGCAUUAAGUGGGUAUGUACUGUGUCUGUUCUACUGCUGAUGGACAUGCAUUAAGUGGGUAUGUACUGUGUCUGUUCUACUGCUGCUGGACAUGCAUUAAGUGGGUAUGUACUGUGUCUGUUCUACUACUGAUGGACAUGCAUUAAGUGGGUAUGUACUGUGUCUGUUCUACUGCUGAUGGACAUGCAUUAAGUGGGUAUGUACUGUGUCUGUUCUACUGCUGCUGGACAUGCAUUAAGUGGGUAUGUACUGUGUCUGUUCUACUGCUGCUGGACAUGCAUUAAGUGGGUAUGUACUGUGUCUGUUCUACUGCUGCUGGACAUGCAUUAAGUGGGUAUGUACUGUGUCUGUUCUACUGCUGCUGGACAUGCAUUAAGUGGGUAUGUACUGUGUCUGUUCUACUGCUGCUGGACAUGCAUUAAGUGGGUAUGUACUGUGUCUGUUCUACUGCUGCUGGACAUGCAUUAAGUGGGUAUGUACUGUGUCUGUUCUACUACUGAUGGACAUGCAUUAAGGGGGUAUGUGUCUCUAUCUUAUUACUGGCCUCUCUGUCCUACCACUGACUAUCUGUGGUGGCCUGAGUUUAAUUGAAACGAACAAAAAGGCCAAUAACAUACUCUGCCAAAGGUUUUCUACCUGCUGUUGAUUGAUUUCAUGAGGCAAGUUAAUAGGGUGCCAUUUUGUAUUGUCCUCCUGGGGUUUACAUCUGCAUCCUAAUUCUCCGCCCUUCUCCCAAAGGGUGCACAUGGAUUAAACAAUGGUGGAAACUCCCUCCAGACAAUGUUUACACCAAUCCAAUUAUUUGAAAUCCAUGAUGGCAAGUGAGCAAGUGCACACUGGGAGAAUGGUGAAGAAUUGGGACUGGGACCUGGUGUUUGUUGUUGAUUGUGUGCCCUCAUCCCUACCACAGGCUGUGGCAAUGGCAAGUACUUGCACAUCAACGGCAGUGUGUUUAAGCUGGGCUGUGACGUGUGUCGCCCCCUGGUGGACUCUGCCUGGAGCCAGGGCCACGAGGUGCAGCUGUGUGACUGCCUCAGGCUGCCCUACAGGGACAGCUGCUUUGACGGCGUCCUCUCCAUCGCAGGUUGGCCUAUAUUUCACUCAACAUGGGAGGGUAGGGGCCUGUGUGGUCUAGCGGUUAGUGUGUCUGACCCCGGUUCAAUCGGAAUGGAUUUGAAUCCGGCCAACUGGCUUGCAUUUUGACUCACACUCCUGCUACCAUUACGGUCUUAUUUUCACUGUCCCUCUCACUCCCCCUCGGGCCUAACCCUAUGAUGUUUGCAUAUCGGAAGGGUCUGGAUAGGUAUAAGCAGUGCUUGACUUGGGAUGAAAGAAGUGCAGGAGCUGUCUUUUUCGAAGUCGGUCCAUUAGAAUACUGUAUGUUCACUGAAAUUCUCAAAUGACAUUAUGCUAUAGAGACAUCUGAUUUUUCACUGUUAAGGGUUUAUACACAUUUUCCAUGACUUCUCCAUGACUUUUAACCAAAUGUUCAUGACUAUUAUUAUAGCCUACAUGAAAAAGUAAGCAUUAUUGCUUUGAAAGGCUGGUCAUGGCUCACAUCAACACCAUUAUCCCAGAAACCCUAGACCCACUCCAAUUUGCAUACUGCCCCAACAGAUCCACAGAUGAUGCAAUCUCUAUUGCACUCCACACUGCCCUUUCCCACCUGGACAAGAGGAACACCUAUGUGAGAAUGCUAUUCAUGGACUACAGCUCAGCGUUCAACACCAUAGUGCCCUCAAAGCUCAUCACUAAGCUAAGGACCCUGGGACUAAACACCUCCCUCUGCAACUGGAUCCUGGACUUCCUGACGGGCCAGGAAGGGUAGGUAACAACACAUCUGCCACGCUGAUCCUCAACACGGGUGUGUACUCAGUCCCUUCCUGUACUCCCUGUUCACCCAUGACUGCAUGGCCAGGCAUGACUCCAACACCAUCAUUAAGCUUGCCGACAACACAACAGUGGUAGGCCUGAUCACCGACAACGAUGAGACAGCCUAUAGGGAAGAGGUCAGAGACCUGGCCAUGUUGUACCAGGAUAACAACCUUUCCCUCAACGUGAUCAAGACAAAGGAGAUGAUUGUGGACUACAGGAAAAAAAAAGACAACUGAGCACGCCCCCAUUCGCAUCGACGGGGUUGUAGUGGAGCAGGUUGAGAGCUUCAAGUUCCUUGGUGUCCACAUCACCAACAAACUAUCAUGGUUCAAACACACCAAGACAGCCGUGAAGAAGGCACGACAAGGCCUAUUCCUGCUCAGGAGACUGAAAAGAUUUUGCAUGGGUCCUCAGAUCCUCAAAAAGUUCUACAGCUGCACCAUCGAGAGCAUCCUGACUGGUUGCAUCACCGCCUGGUAUGGCAACUGCUCUGCCUCUGACCGCAAGGCACUACAGAGGGUAGUGCAUACGGCCCAGUACUUACUGGAGCCAAGCUUCCUGCCAUCCUGGACCCCUAUACCAGGCGGUGUCAGAGGAAAGCCCUAAUAUUGUCAGAUUCCAGCCACCCUAGUCAUAGACUGUUCUCUCUGCUACCACACGGCAAGCGGUACUGGAGCGCCAAGUCUAGGUCCAAAAGGCUUCUUAACAGCUUCUACCCCCAAGCCAGAAGACUCCUGAACAGCUAAUCAUGGCUACCCAGACUAUUUGCAUUGUACCCCCACCCCACCCCCUCUUUUACGCUGCUGCUACUCAGUUUAUUAUCUAUGCCUAGUCACUUUAACUCUACCCACAUGUACAUAUUACCUCAACUAACUGGUGCCCCCGCACAUUGACUCUGUACCUGUAUAUAGCCUUCCUACUGUUAUUUUAUUUUACUGCUGCUCUUUAAUUGUUUGUUGUUUAUAUUUUUUACUUACAGUGAGGGGAAAAAAGUAUUUGAUCCCCUGCUGAUUUUGUACGUUUGCCCACUGACAAAGACAUGAUCAGUCUAUAAUUUUAAUGGUAGGUUUAUUUGAACAGUGAGAGACGCAUGUCAAAAAUGUUAUAAAUUGAUUUGAAUUUUAAUGAGGGAAAUAAGUAUUUGACCCCUCUGCAAAACAUGACUUAGUACUUGGUGGCAAAACCCUUGUUGGCAAUCACAGAGGUCAGACGUUUCUUGUAGUUGGCCACCAGGUUUGCACACACCUCAGGAGGGAUUUUGUCCCACUCCUCUUUGCAGAUCUUCUCCAAGUCAUUAAGGUUUCGAGCCUGACGUUUGGCAACUCGAACCUUCAGCUCCCUCCACAGAUUUUCUAUGGGAUUAAGGUCUGGAGACUGGCUAGGCCACUCCAGGACCUUAAUGUGCUUCUUCUUGAGCCACUCCUUUGUUGCCUUGGCCGUGUGUUUUGGGUCAUUGUCAUGCUGGAAUACCCAUCCACAACCCAUUUUCAAUGCCCUGGCUGAGGGAAGGAGGUUCUCACCCAAGAUUUGACGGUACAUGGCCCCGUCCAUCGUCCCUUUGAUGUGGUGAAGUUUUCCUGUCCCCUUAGCAGAAAAACACCCCCAAAGCAUAAUGUUUCCACCUCCAUGUUUGACGGUUGGGAUGGUGUUCUUGGGGUCAUAGGCAGCAUUCCUCCUCCUCCAAACACGGCGAGUUGAGUUGAUGCCAAAGAGCUCGAGUUUGGUCUCAUCUGACCACAACACUUUCACCCAGUUCUCCUCUGAAUCAUUCAGAUGUUCAUUGGCAAACUUCAGACGGGCCUGUAUAUGUGCUUUCUUGAGCAGGUGGACCUUGCGGGCGCUGCAGGAUUUCAGUCCUUCACGGCGUAGUGUGUUACCAAUUGUUUUCUUGGUGACUAUGGUCCCAGCUGCCUUGAGAUCAUUGACAAGAUCCUCCCGUGUAGUUCUGGGCUGAUUCCUCACCGUUCUCAUGAUCAUUGCAACUCCACGAGGUGAGAUCUUGCAUGGAGCACCAGGCCGAGGGAGAUUGACAGAUAUUUUGUGUUUCUUCCAUUUGCGAAUAAUCGCACCAACUGUUGUCACCUUCUCACCAAGCUGCUUGGCGAUGGUCUUGUAGCCCAUUCCAGCCUUGUGUAGGUCUACAAUCUUGUCCCUGACAUCCUUGGAGAGCUCUUUGGUCUUGGCCAUGGUGGAGAGUUUGGAAUCUGAUUGAUUGAUUGCUUCUGUGGACAGGUGUCUUUUAUACAGGUAACAAGCUGAGAUUAGGAGCACUCCCUUUAAGAGUGUGCUCCUAAUCUCAGCUCAUUACCUGUAUACAAGACACCUGGGAGCCAGAAAUCUUUCUGAUUAAUAGGGGGUCAAAUACUUAUUUCCCUCAUUAAAAUGCAAAUCAAUUUAUUACAUUUUUGACAUGCGUUUUUCUGGAUUUUUUUGUUGUUAUUCUGUCUCUCACUGUUCAAAUAAACCUACCAUAAUGUCAGUGGGCAAACGUACAAAAUCAGCAGGGGAUCAAAUACUUUUUUCCCUUACUGUAGAUUCCGGGGGUCAUCGACUGAAUUUUGAUUGACCAAAAUUGUCAAAGACUCCAGUCACCCAAGUCAUAGACUGUUUUUGUUGUUAUUCUGUCUCUCACUGUUCAAAUAAACCUACCAUUAAAAUUAUAGACUGAUAAUUUCUUUGUCAGUGGGCAAACGUACAAAAUCAGCAGGGGAUCAAAUACUUUUUCCCCUCACUGUAUCUAUUGUUUUACUUAACACUUAUUUUUCUUAACUGCAUUGUUGGUUAAGGGCUUGUAAGUAAGCAUUUCACUGUAAGGUCUACACCUAUUGUAUUCGGCGCAUGUGGCAAAUAACAUUUGAUUUGAUUUGACACUGGAAGGUUGCUGUGUCUGAUCCCAUGUAGGCCUACCAUCUCCUGCCAUUGUGCCCUAGAUCAAGGCACUUAACCCCCCACAAAGUAUAACUGCACUGUUAGUCACAUGUGUUCAACAUGUGGUCAACACGCCAUCUGGAGAGCUCCUGGGUGUGCUGGCUUUUGCUUUUGAUCCAGCCUUGAAACACCCAAGUCUGCUUAUCAAGGUCCUGUUGAGCAGCUGAUGUUUAGGCUACAAUGUGGUUAGACCAGGGCUUGAACAAAAGCCUGCACACCCAGUAGCUAUCCUGGAGGAUGGUUGCCACCCUUGAUAUAAAAUAUUGCAACAUUACAACAAUACUUUUGUCUUUAUAAAAUGAUUAACUCAUUCAAUGAAUCAGGGAUCAAAUAGAUAACUUGCUUUGAAGUAGCCUACCUUAUCUAACUAGACAUGUUUACAUAGCCUACAGUAGAAGGCUCAAAUAUUCAUGUUCCGGGGUAGAUCUAUGCACAACAAGUUUAUUUUUAAAUUAGGCUAUUCUUAGAAUAUAUUUUUUUACAUUGUUGCAAUUACAUGGAUACUGUUUAAUAGAGGGGAAUCCCAGCAUUCCAACUGUGCAGAUUUAUUUAGGCCAGGAUUCCCCCAACUGGCGGCCCAAGUUUUCGGAGCAAAAAAACUAGAAAAUAUAUGUUUUACAUUGUUGGACAUAAAAGACUGUAAAAACACCAGUUAUUUCAAUUGAAGAAAUCUGUUCCCAAGUAUUCCCACGCAUAAUAGAGAGACACGUGAUUGUAUGUAAGCAAGGUUUGAAAUGAUCAUGCUUUUGUCAAAUAUAUCUGUUUGGGAUUCUUCUACAAAUUAUUUGUAAUUAUGUUCCUGGCACACACAUACAUGCACUGAAGGGUCAUUACGAUAGUGACUGAUAUGUAGAUUAAGUGGUUGAUAAUAUUUAAGUGUGCGUUCAUGAAUUACAUUUUCAAAAAUUACGAAACUAAUUUCCAUGACUUUACGAACCCUAAUUUGACAAUUUGGAACAGAGCAUCAUGCUCAUUCAGGCUGGCGCAUUUUCAAUCUGCACAAUCUCGGACAGCCUAUUGUCACGCAGAUUCACCGACUAGGGGCAAAUAAACUUGAACAAAACGGAAUCAGGAAAUUAAUGCCCACUUGCCAUUUGCUAUUCAAUGCAGAUCCCGCCUUCAUUCCGCUUUGAGCAACCUUUUUUGCCUCGGUGUGUGAAUCUGGGCCGGUGAUAUGCUACUUUGUUUUAUAGAAGAGCUGAUGAGCGUUUCCCCUAAAUGUAGAAGUGUAGGUACAGUGCUCCAGACAGCUCUGGCCCAAGUCUAGCACUGUGUAGGGAGUGAAUUGGGACCGAGUGUUAGACUGACGGGGCACUUGAUUAAAUUCAAUUAAAAAAGCUUUGUAUAUCCAAUUUAUAUUAGACAGUUUUCUUUGGCAUGAGGCUCACAUGCAACACAUUUAUCCAUCUCUCUUCAAUUAAGGGGGCAAUGUGGGAUUGGUACAUACAUUUUUGGACUUUUAAAUAUAAUGAUAUAUAUAGCCAUUGUUUAUUGAUGAAUAUAACAUGUGCAUCCCUCAUGAGUUUAGUUCAACUGUCUUACCCCAUCACCCAUUAUAUUUAUAAGCUGUUUACUCCAUUGUUUGUAAAUGUUGUAAUUUGAAAAUAAACACUGUACAGCUUCACAACAUGGUUGAAAAUCAUUUUGAUCUCAUUUUUGGUCAGUCCUUGCAACCAUAGCUCUGUCUGAAUUUGAGUGGUUACAUUUCUCCAGUCCAAUCCCACUGCUGUUUUACCCAAAUAAAUGUAUUUUAGUUGUUUGAAUCCCAGAUUGCUCAUUUAACAUACUGGCAACUGCCUCUGCUUGGGUAUCAUGCAGCUGUUCAUGUUCAGUGCUUCACUUCAAAUCAAUGUGGUUGAGUGACAUGAAUGAAAUGAUGAAAACCAAGCGGGUCAAAUCAAAUUUGAUUGGUCACAUAAACGUGUUUAGCAGAUGUUAUUGCGGGUGUAGCGAAAUGCUUGUGCUUCUAGCUCCGACAGUGCAGUAAUAUCUAACAAUUUCACAACAUAUACCCAAUACAGGUGACAUGAGAUAAGCACUUCCUGGCACAGCCGCCCUAGUUGCCUAGGCAGCCGGGUCACCAAGGUAACAAGAGUAUGUUGGGAAAUAAUCCGUGGUUUUAUUGCAAGGUAAAGUGGUGUCUAAUUACCAACGCGUGAGUAGGCAGGAUUCGGGUGCUCAUUUGCCCUAGGACAGUAUUAAUAAACACAAACACUGGCCCUUCAGUGGCCUCAGGUGGUCGAACAGUUACUGCCGCUGCCUUCAGAGCACAGGUAGAGUGGUGUUGGUGUGGGUUUAGGGGUUGGGGUUGGGGUCAAAUCAAAUUGAAAGAAGUCAACUCAUGAAGUCCAUUUUGAAUUUAAAAUUGACCAUCAACUUUUGAAAUAAAUAAAUACUUAGAUGCCCCUUAUGCUAUUAUUGAACUGGAAUUUCAGUUGACUUCCUGAGUUGAUUGCCUCAAUUCGAAUUGAACCCAACCUUGUAGCCUUAUGCCCUUUUAGCAACCCUCUUGUCCCUCUUCACUAUCUCAACCACCCCCCCCCCCCCCCCCCCCGGCCUAUUCUGAACUGGCCAUUCAGAAAGAUCUGUUGAACAUGUGACACAAUACUAAGAAGAUCCAACGCCCACCACUGUCCUGUUUUUUUUCUCCUACUAGUCAUCCAUCAUCUGUCCACCAAAGAGCGUCGUAUUCGAGCAAUAAAGGAAAUGGCAAGGACCCUGCGUGUGGGCGGGCGCAUCAUGAUCUACGUGUGGGCCAUGGAGCAGACACGGCGGAAGUUUCAGAAGCAGGACAUCUUCGUGCCCUGGAACCCCAACCCCCCGUCCCCCACCCUGGACAGGGAGAGGCCCACACCCCGGAGGAGGGGCGCAGCACAGAGUGUAAGCGGUAGGUAGCUGUUUAGGGGUUAGGGAGGUGCCAGAAGGUUGCUGGUUCAAAUACCAGGCAGGGCAAUAUAAGAGAUAAGCUGGCAAUAUCUGGAAGGCUGCUGUUUUAUGUUGUUGAUCCCAGGUACAAUCUCCUGCUGUUGUGCCCUUGAGCAAGGCACUAAAAGAAUGUGUGUGCAUGCGCACGUGUGUGUGUUUGGACUAACCAAGUACUAUUCUAUUCUUAUCUAUCCAAGAAUGCCUCUACAGCGACAACAAAGACGAGCACAGGAAGGUGAAAAGCACAUCGUUCAUGCUGGACGAAGAGGAGAUUGCCUGUAGUCCCCAGCAGAGCCAGAGGCUGUGGUUCUUCUCGCGCUCCCUGGACUCGGUCUUUGACUUUGGCAGCCUGACCAUCUCCAGGUCCACCUCCAGGGAGCUCAUCAGCACCUUCUCCUCCCGGCUUGGGGAGGGAGGCAAGGUCGGCCGCAGAGGCAGGGGAGCGGGCCUCAUCAAGCAGGUUUCCAGCCUCUUUUCUGGCUUAUCCAGGAACAGCUCGGAGGAAGACGUCUUUGACUCGGCCACAGACUUAGUCAGGAGCCAGAGAGAUCAUGGGGUGUGCAGCAACGACAACCACUCCCCCUCCACAGAGAUGACCAGUGUCUCUACCGCCUUGGUCCAGGAGUGUGGCUCUGUGGCCCUGCCUGACCUGGUCUCCUCCUACCAGAUGGAGCACACAGAGGGACCAGGGCAGCCAGGGGAGAGGGAUGCAGGCCCACCAGGAGACCUCAAACAGGGACAGAACAGCAGUCAGUGCCCCCAGGACAGUGAAGGGGAGCCGGCAGCCGCCUCGUGUCUGCGCUAUUACCACGUGUUCCGGGAGGGCGAGCUGGCGGAGCUGAUCGAGAGCCACGUCGAGGAGCUCCACGUCCUUUACUCCUGCUCUGACCACGCCAACUGGUGCGUGGUGGCCGAGAAGGUCCAGGUUUGGAAGAUAUGA